AUGAAGCUAGUUAUAGCUCUUGUAUUGAUUUCUUUUGCGAACUCUGCAUAUGGGAAGGCAGUUAAUCCCAAUGUUGGAAUGUAUGAUUACCACCGCAGAAUUGGUAUGUUUGAGGCGGACAGAAUAAGGAAGUUCGAGAAGGACGUCACCGAUAGUAAGAGUGCAAGAGUUGUGGGUGGGUCUACCACCACUAUUGGCUUAGUUCCUUAUCAGGCUGGUCUCAUCAUCACCUUUAGAGUUGUCUUCACAUCGGUAUGCGGAGGAAGUAUAAUAUCGGAUAGCAAAAUCCUGACUGGAGCCCAUUGUUAUAAUGAUGGUGUCAGCAUAGCUCAGUCGAUUACCGUCGUAGUUGGCUCCAACUUAAUGUUUGUCGGUGGCACCAGGAUGACUGCCAGCCGUGUGGUCAUGUACCCAGGAUACAAUCCUUCUAUUUUUGCCAACGACAUUGCAGUCGUUUUUGUGCCGAGGCUUUCGUUUUCACUUUUCAUUCAACCGAUCAACCUGCCGUUUGGAAGUGAACUAAACAUGAAUUUCGUUGGUCAAACAGCUCUCGCAUCAGGAUUUGGUGUAACUAAUGAUGGUGAACAAGUAAGCUUAACCCAACCUAUUACUUCGGUGAAUUUACAAGUAAUCUCCAACAUUGACUGUCAAAGAAUCUAUGGGAACCUGAUCCAAGGCUCACAUUUGUGCACUAAUGGCGUCAAUGGACAGGGCAUUUGUCGUGGCGAUACUGGUGGUCCUUUAGUGACUACAAUAAACACGAGAAGAAUACUUAUCGGCAUCGGUUCCUUCACCUCAACCACAGGAUGCCAAGCCGGUCAUCCAUCAGGCUUCUCUAGGGUCACAUUUUUCGUACCAUGGAUCAAUUCUGUAUAA